GUUUCAGGCGACUUGGAACCCAAAGUUUCUCCGGAAAAAUUCACACUAUAUGACUUUAAAUUUUGUCCGUAUUGUCAGCGUGUCCGCUACACACUCGAUUACCACCAGAUUCCGUAUGAUCGUGUGAUGGUGAACCUCAUCAGCAAGCCUGAUUGGUAUUAUCGGUUGCAUCCCGACGGCAAAGUGCCUCUGCUACGCUUCCAGGACGAACGUCUAAUUGAAUCGGACCUGGUGAUGCUCUACGUUGACCAGUUUAAUGGAAAACCGGAAACGAGUCUGCUAAAUGUUUGUGGCGAAGAGGCAUUUAAGGAGGCACUAGCUCUUUCUGCUGCAGUGGGCGUGAUUAAAGGUGAUAAACGAAUGAAUGGGUCCAGUUUCUUUAUUGGUAGUGAUAGUGUGCAAAUGGCGUAUUGCAACUGUUCACUGCCAGUACCAAACCCUAGGUUACCAUUGGGAUUACUUGAGUGCUGA